CAGGAGGUGGUGAUGAACGGCUCAGAGACUAUAGUCGACGAUGAAUUGGAGAAAGUAGAAAAGUCUGCAAAGCUGCAGGCUGCGGCAGGAGAAUCUGGAGCCAAUACACCGGCUGUAAAUGAAAAUUGCACGAAAAUUGAUGAGCAAAACAAAGAUGCUGCUGAAAAAGACGCAGAUGUUCCAUCCAAAAAAGAUAAGGAAGACAAGAAGGAAAAGGAGAAAAAAGAAAAGGAUAAGGAUAAGAAAGAUAAAGUUAAGAGAAAGUGGUCUUUCCGAUCCUUGGGUAUGUCUAGAAAGGAUAAGAGCAAACCCAGAGAAGAAACCUCAAAGAACGGAGACGUUACUAAGGAGGAAGCAGAGAUAGAAGAGGGGGCUGAGAAGAAACCAGAAGUGGCAGACGAUGCUGCACCUGCAGUCAUUGCUGAAGAGAAAGUGACAGAGGCAAGUAAUGCAGAAAGUAUCUCUCCAGCUGAGCAAACUCCAGGAUCCACAGAUCCAUCUACUGCCCUGUUGACACCAGCUUCUACAUUACAAGUUACUCCAGAGUCUGCAGAAGUAAAACCAACUGUUCCAGAAGACGUUACAGAACCUGCUUCUCCGGCUGAGGAUCAACCUGCUGCAUCUCCUUCCACUCCCGCUCCUGCUCCAUCUCAAUCUCUAACUCUAGCUUCCGACUUUACUGCACCCACUCCUGCUGCUGCUCUUGAACAGCCUGCAGAAGCUGAGACAGAAGUUCCACAAGCUGAAGAACCUAAAGCAGCAGCAAGUGCUCCUGAGUCGGCAGCAGUGGCCCAACUUGUAACAGAUACCCCUCAACCUCCUCAAGUUGAAACUGCUGCACCCGCCCCUCCUGUAGAGGUUGUUUCACAAUCUCCAGUGCAAGAAACUUCCCUUCCUGCAGAGGCUGCUCCGGCUCAGUCCCCUGAGCUUCCAGCAACUUCUAUUCCUCCCUCUGAAAUUCUUCCCCCAGCCUCACCUGCCUCUUCAGAACCUUCACAGACAUCUGCUGCUCCUCCUGAACUUCCACCAGCUCCAGUAGAGCCUGCUAGUAAAGUAGUAGAAUCAAAUGCCCCACAAGCAGUUAUAGAAAGUUCUCCUAAUGAAUCUGUAGAGACUACGAAAGUUCAAAUGAAUGAAGCAACUCCUGUCCCAAAUGCUCCUGAAGUUACCUUUGAAUCUGCGGAAGUCCCCACAACGGGUACAGAGCCUACAUCUGCCCCUGCACCUGCUCCAACAGCAGAGGGCACAAAAGUAGAGCAGGCUGCAGAAGUUCCUCCACCUGCUUCUGUGGCAGAUACUGAGGCUCCAGCUGAAGUUGUUCCAGUACCUGCCCCUGAGAGUGCACUCUCACCAUGGAACGAUUUUGUGUGGAAGGUUGCUCAAGAGCCUGCCCCUGAGCAACCAGCUGCUGAGGCUGAAGCUGCUUCAGAGGUGGCUGGUGCUAAGCCUGAGGAAGUGCCCCUAGAGACUGCUCCUCCUGCACCUGCACCUGCACCUGCACCUGCACCUGCACCUGCUUCGGCUGAGGCUGCUGCUCCAGCUCUUGCAGAUACACCAGUUACUGCAGAAACAGAAAAGCAAGAAGUCAUCCAGACUCCUACAGAAUCUGAUGCUCCUAAAUCACCUGUGGAAGAAUAAAGAAAUCAGAAAACAAAAUUUUUUGCAAGAAAUGUUUGUCUCCUUGAGAUGCAUAUUAUUUCUAUAAUGAAUGUUUUGGACCAUUUCUGGGAUGCAUAUAACAGUAAAGCGCACACACACAGAUAUGAAUAUAGUUUGUUUAAAAAAAUGUGUUUUGGGCCAGUCCAUAAAGAAUAAGAUGUGCUUGUGCCUUGAAGCAUCUGUUGUGGCAGUAAACGGAAUUUCAUCUGCUCAACUCAGUGAAAGCAGUUUCAAGGACAGCUGCUAUCAGAAAUGCAACUUGUGUUCUAGAUUUGAAGAAUAUGCAAACAACCUGUGAAAGAAUACUCUUAAGUUUGAAGUUUUGCUAACCCCUAAUAAAAGAUCACAAUUUUUAUAGAGGAAAUGAUAAUUGUUGCUAGUGAUUGGAGCUGGCAAUGCUUUCCUUGCCAUAAUGAAGUGAAUUUGUGGUGACCUUUUGUUAGUGUGGCUAGUGUGCUUAAAAACAAGUUGAGGUACAGAGAUAGCAUAAUUGCUCUUUUCCAUAAUAUGAUGUUUGAGGUUGGGAUUUCCUAUGUAGAUCUGGGUUUCAAAAAUAAAAUUUUUAUUACAUCACAUGAAAAACAACAACAACAUACCUUUGGGUAAUUUUUGACAAUUUUUUCAAAACUAUUUUCUUAAACAAGUUUUUGUAUUUGUACUAUUUAAAUAUUUUGUAUUCGUAUUGUUGACUGAGUUUUCUGCUUUGUUAUACAAGUGUAUAAAAGGGCCUUUUUGGUGGAUUUUUUACUUGCUUUUUUUCUGCCGUGGCCCACAUAUCUAGGAAACUUGAUAAGUGAACUCUGAUAAAAGUUUAUACAUUGUCUUAAGAUCUCUACAGUGACCAUAUAUACAUAUAUAUUUAUAUAUUUCUGAACAAUUUUUUUGUAUCUUGCUGCCAUUUUUACAUCUUUGUAUGUAUAGUUAGCAUUCAAACGCAGUAGCAACAAUAGCAUUUUACCCUCUACAUUCUCAGGCAGCUGAAAGUUUGGGAAGUAUAUUUCAUGUUCAGAUAAAAAUUCUGUUGAAAAUAUAAGUGAUGGGAUAGGGAUGAAAUGUGUGUAUAUGUCUGUAACAACGAAAAUUGGUGUAUAAAACUAACCCCUACCAUUGUUCAUGUUAGUAGUUCUGCCAAAAUUGAAAGAUCCUAUACUUUCUGUACAUAUUAAAUCUGAAUAUGUUGGAUAUGACAUAAACUGUUUUAAGGUAUACAGAAAUGUUCUAAGAUUUGGAUUCAAAUAUUUUUAAUCCAAAUUUUUGUUGGUGUAAAAUCAUAUGUAUGAGCGGAUUCAGUUUCCAAACUUGUAAAGUAUCCGUUCUGUGUACUGACACUAUUAUUAGUGAAGGUUGACAUUCUCUGUAUGAUGAAAUUAUAAAAUGCGCCAUUAUAUGUCAUGUGUAAAUGUUACUUAAUGAUUGAAAUAGAGGGUGUUUCCCACAAAAUCUUUGUAUUCUUAAGAAACUUUUUAUUUAUCUAUUUCCUAAUAUUGCUUUGUAUUUUGUUUAUAAAUUAGGGUACAAGAGUGGCCUAAUUAGAAUGCUGUUAGAUUGCCACUUCCUCUCACAGUCAUUGCAAUUUUGCCUCCCUUGCUCUACAGUAAGUAGUAGUUAAUUUCACAGUAGCACUAGUGAUUUUAUUAUUAACAUUUUACAACAAUAAAUGCUUGGAUUCAAAAACAAUUGAGUAAUAUUGGUAUCUUAUCACAAGCUUCUUGCAUCAUUCAUAUAGGUAUGAUAGCUUAUACACAAAGAGAAGGUAAUGAUUAUCAUGCAAUAAAACACAAACCUG